AAUCUCAUUCUCCAAUAAAAUUCUCUAGAGAAAGUAGAAAGUAAAAUUAGAGUGAGAAUGUGAGUUCAGAAAGACAAAAGUGAUAUGUAAACAUGAUAAGAUGGAAGGAUGGAUUUUUAACUUGGGCUGAGUGAUCGAAAGUAAGUAUACAAGUUGGGUGAUCAACAUGCAACUUUCCCGGUCUUCGCACAUGCUUUUCAAAUUUGUCGCUAUACUAAAAUGAUUGAUGGGUCAAAUUGCUUGGAAUUCCAAAAUGGUCUGUCCAUUUUGAUAACAACUGUGAUGGAGAUGCAGCCACUACGUCCAACAUCAAAGAUAAGAGAUGAAAUGAAAUCAUUAAUUAGUUGGAAGCCCUUACCCUACCUAGUGGCUUGUUUGUGGCCCAUUCACUUCUCGAGAAGACUCUACUAUGGUGACCUAAUUUAGGACUUAGGAGCAUGUUGAUAAUUAUUAAUAAUGAAUGAACUGCCCUCAUUUCUAGGAGUAUGGCAGUAGAUGAGGUGAGUCGAGUGGUGUUUUGAUCUAAUUUGAGCUCGAAUAGUUAAUAAAUGGGUCGAAUUUGGAACUUGGAUUGUUUAAAUAAAAUAUAGACUUGUAUUUGACUUGAGCUAGAAUCAUUAAUGAGCUCACGAGUUUUACUCGAGGUUGGCUCAUCAAUUAGCUCACGAGAUAAGCUCAAGCACGAGUAUCAUAUCAUUUAGUUCAUAAUUUUAAUUCUUCAUAUGUUAUUUAAUAGUAAUUAGUAUCUAAGCAAUUUAAUACAUAAUUUCUCUUUCAAAAUUAUAAAUGAGACAUAUUCGACCAUGUGCUCAAAGUAUUAAACAUCAUACGUGGUGAGAUAUAUAACAUAACAAAACUAUGAAUUAUCAACAAGCAACUAUUGAUCGAUUCUCUCAUAAGUUGCUAAUUAAGGUUGCUCGAUAGCCAUACUAUCGAUCUAGCUCAUAGUUCAAAACGAAUUAGCUCACGAGUAGAGCUCAAUAAGCCACCGAUUCGAGGUGCUCACGAGCUUUGCGAAUCGAACAAAGCUUAGCUCAAACUCGACUCGUUAGUAAAAGAGCCGAGUGUCCAACUAGUUUUCCCGAGCCGAACACCGAGUCGCUCGUAGGUAGCUAGGCUCAUUUACAGUCUAUCUGGGAGAUAUGCGGCCUAGGAUUUUGAAAUUCUUUUAAUUUCAAGAUCGUGAGCUUCCACAUAUUUGGAAGAAAAAAAAACUCAGGUUUGAGGCCAUAUUGGACAAAUCAUUCACUUAUACGUAUUGCUCUUGAAUUAGGAUCAUGAAUUUGAAACCCAAAUUACACUCAUCAUCGAUUUGUCAAAAUGCAUUAUUUGUUUAUAAAAAGAUAGCAACCAAAUUCGUGUAUCCCAUAAAUUAAAUUAUUUUUUGUUCCAAAUUUGUAAACCUCACAAUGAAUUUAGAAACUCUUACUAAUUGAUGUGAACUAAUUGAUGUGAGAUUUGUCACAAGCAACACUACACCAAGAAAGGGCUUUACGUGCCUACUAUGGAUAGUCCUUCUAACAACCUUAAAAACCCCACUAAACUCUACACCGUGUGUAAUGGCCGAGAUCACAUGGAGACAAUCACGACCAGUGGCGGAUCCAGGAAUUUUUUGUAGGGGUGUCAUCUUUCAAAAAUUAAAUUAAUAAUUAAAUAAUACAUAAAUAAUAAAAUAUCCAAUUAGUACAAAUGUUGACAAAAAACCACGAUGUGUUUUCAUAUUUCGAAAAAAAAACAUAAGAUAGAUUUGGUGUCUACACUGCUCAACAAAUCGGUAUAUCCUACUAAAUCGCGUAUUCUAUUUCUAACCUUGUUCAUGAUGUAAUUCAAAGUUGAAAAAACUGUUUCAACACUUGUAGUGUAACCAUAAAAUCAAUUCAAAUUAGGGGCACCCUCGCCAUAAGAAAUCGUGUUUUUACCAUUACAUAGCAUUUAAAAUCGAACAACAAAUGAGUUAUAACCUAAUGGAGAAGAUGUUUAUUAAUAGGAGUGUCCUAGAUUUGAAUAACACAGAGUGCCACUUAUAUUUUUUUAAUUAUACGCAAACUACUAUCGAGGGUAAGAUAAUCGUUUAUUAAAAUUUAGUGGUGUCUCAUAUUACCAGUUAUAUUUUGUUUAUCCAUACGAAACUACUACUAGUAGUUGGAUAAUCGUGUUCCCAAAAUUUAGGGGUGUCCCGGGACACCCCUAAAGCAUCAUGUAUCCGCCAUUGAUCACGACACUUUGUGACCAUUUAUAAAAACAGUUAUUAUGUUACCGCUUAUUCUUUAAACGAGCGAAUCAUAAUAAUUUAUUAUUAGUUAAUCAUAAAUAUCAAAUAUUAAUUAUAUAUUUAUAUUAUGAAAAAAACGCUCCUAAUUUCAGCUCGGAAGUCCGCCAUUCUGCCACAAUCAGUUUCUAAAUCAAUAAGACUACAAGAGUUGAGCGUCGACUGACUCAAGAUAGGGUGCAUAACCCAUCACCCAUCAACAACCAAAUCUGGACCCUUUAUUUAGAAAAUACAGAUCUAAGGAUGGAGAAUUAAAGAUCAUUUUUAUUUUCCCUAACUUUUUUAAUCGGCUCAUAUCUUUUUUUGUUUUAACUUGAAUUUUAAUUUUUUUUUGCACAGAUGGAACGAGUUCAUCGUGCUCUACAAAAUGAGAUCAAUUUUCAAUAUUUUUUGAGAAAAAAAAUUCUGGCCUCUCGGUACCAACUGCAUACCAUAUGAUAUUUUCUUCGUUUUUAAUUCGUUUUUGAAAACGUUUGCACAGAAGGGACGAGUUCAUCAUGAUCUAUUGGAUCUACAAAUUUCUGGGUGAACAAAUUACAUGACCAAAAAAAUACCACACAAUACCAUACAAUACCACCCUGGUACGGGGUGGUAUAUUGUGAUACAUAAUGAUAAAAGUCGUAAAUGACAGUUAAUAUACUUCUACUAUCAUGUAUUCAACCAUCCUAUAGUCUUGGUUUGUUCAUACCAUCAUGGUACGCUUUUCAAACCAUAGGUAUGUUCUUAUUUCAAUACCAGUCAAUACCAUAUGGUAUAGACUGGUAAAAAAUGGCUCAAUUUUUUUUGUUCGAAAAAUAUAUCAAUGUGGAUAUCAUUUUGAAGAGCACAAUUAAUCUUAUCUAACUGUGCAAAAAAAAUUAAAUUUCGACUUAAAACGAGUGAGAAAUCGUCCGUCAAAGAUUAAGAAGGGGAAAAUUAAAGGCUUUCCAGAAAAGAGAUGCUGAUGUGAGCUAGUUACUCAUAGUUACUCACCAUAAAAUUACUGACCUGAUCUGUUCCCGCGUCCACCAUAUCAGUACAGUACCAUACUAUGCUACACAGUUUUCCCACUAGUAUGAACACAACCUUCGUCCCACCAAUGGACCCAGUUGGCAGUUGUCGAUGGCAGCUUUUUUGUCUUUAUGAAUUAAACAAAGUUCAUUUUCUUCUUCGUACUAUUUAACAAAUAUAGUCUUCUAUGAUCACUGUUUUGUCUUAUUGAAUAACGUACAGAAUCUCUUAAUCCAUAGAUGGAUCGAACGUCUUCUCCCCCUUGCUCCACUGUAAACAACUGACCUUCCCCCUGCAUGUGAACAAAAUAGUUUGUCCUCUUUAAAUUUCAGAAAUUCAAAACAAGAAAAACAGAGUAGCCCAAGAAAUGAGAAUCUUAGCCGACAAUGGGACUCCCCCAGUUCCAGAUUCCACGAUUCCUGAGAAUUACGCUUUCGAAAUUGGUAAACAAGGGGAGGAGGCUGCAGUCCAAGAAGAAGAAGAAGAAGUGAACGACAGCCCGAUUGAGCAAGUGAGGCUCACGGUUCCGAUCACCGACGAUCCAACUCAACCCACCAUAACUUUCCGGACAUGGGUUCUGGGCCUAAUCUCUUGUUCCCUUCUCGCUUUCAUCAACCAGUUCUUCGGCUACCGUUCCAACCAGCUCUACGUCAGCUCCGUCGCCGCACAAAUAGUAGUUCUCCCACUUGGGAAGUUAAUGGCUGCCGCAGUUCCCAAAACAGUAAUUCGAGUCCCCUUGACGAAAUGGUCCUUCUCGCUAAAUCCAGGGCCGUUCAAUCUGAAAGAGCAUGUUCUGAUCACCAUAUUCGCCAACUGUGGAGCCGGGGGAGUUUACGCAGUCGCCAUUAUCACCGCUGUCAGAGCUUUCUACCACCGUGGAAUCCACGCCGCCGCCGCCAUGUUGCUGGUCCAAACCACUCAGAUGCUUGGGUAUGGAUGGGCUGGCAUGUUCAGAAAAUAUCUCGUGGAUUCACCUUACAUGUGGUGGCCUUCAAAUCUCGUCCAAGUCUCCCUUUUCAGGGCGUUACAUGAGAAGGAGAAGAGACCAAAAGGAGGGCAGAACAGGCUGCAAUUCUUCACGAUCGUGUUCAUAUCAAGCUUUGCAUACUACGUCGUGCCGAGCUACUUGUUCCCAUCGUUAUCGACUCUGUCAUUCAUUUGCUUGAUAUGGAAGAACUCCAUCACAGCACAGCAGAUUGGUUCAGGGCUAAAGGGGCUAGGAGUUGGCUCAAUCGGCUUUGACUGGUCAACCGUUGCCGGGUUCUUGGGGACCCCACUAGCCACGCCAUUGUUCGCCAUCAUCAACACUCUAGCUGGGUUUGCCUUGGUUGUUUAUGUGAUAGUCCCCAUUGCUUACUGGAACAAUGCCUUUGAAGCUAAGAAGUUCCCAAUCUUCUCCCAACACACUUAUGACAGUGGUGGUCAGAUCUAUAACGUGACGCGGGUCCUGAAUGAGAAGAGCUUUGGGAUUGAUCAUGCUGCUUAUGAGAACUACAGCAGGUUGUAUCUCAGCGUUACUUUCGCGUUUGUCUAUGGCAUGAGCUUUGCUGCACUUAUGGCUACCAUUUCCCAUGUCGCUCUCUUUGAUGGGAAAACAAUUUGGGAUAUGUGGAAGAAGACAACUGGUGCAAUGAAAGAUCAGUACACAGAUGUCCACACUAGGCUGAUGAAGAAGAACUAUGAAGCUGUCCCACAAUGGUGGUUCAUGACUAUCUUGGCUAUAUCUCUGGCCCUUGCAUUUGUUGCUGUGGAGGGUUUUAACAAACAGUUGCAGCUCCCUUGGUGGGGACUCCUCUUAGCUUGUGGGAUUGCCUUGUUCUUCACCUUGCCAAUUGGUAUAAUUCAGGCCACAACUAAUCAGCAAAUGGGACUGAAUGUAAUCACAGAGCUCAUCAUCGGAUACAUGUACCCCGGUAGGCCACUGGCGAAUGUGGCUUUCAAAACAUAUGGCUACAUCAGCAUGGCACAAGCACUUAGCUUUCUUCAAGACUUCAAGUUAGGUCACUACAUGAAAAUCCCUCCCAAGGUCAUGUUCCUAGUCCAGACAGUAGGGACGCUAGUUGCUUCAACGGUCUACUUUGCAACAUCGUGGUGGCUUCUCACGGACAUCAAAGACAUCUGCAACCCGGACUUGCUCCCGAAGGGAAGUCCAUGGACCUGCCCUGGAGACGACGUCUUCUACAGCGCUUCGAUCAUUUGGGGAGUGAUAGGACCCCUCAGAAUGUUCACCGAUAGCGGGAACUACCCUCAAAUGAACUGGUUCUUCCUUGUCGGUCUACUUGCUCCGGUGCCCGUGUGGCUAUUGUGGAGGAAGUUCCCGGAGAAGAAAUGGAUAAGGCUGAUCCAUAUGCCCUUGAUCUUCGCAGCAACAGCAAAUAUGCCACCAGCCAAGCCAGUGCACUACUUGACCUGGGGCACAGUUGGGAUUUUCUUCAACUACUAUGUCUACAGAAAGUACAAGGGAUGGUGGGCUAGGCAUACUUACAUUCUGUCAGCUGCAAUGGAUGCUGGUGUUGCCUUCAUGGGGAUACUUGUCUACUUCACACUUCAGAAUAAGGACAUUUACGGCGCAGAAUGGUGGGGAUUGCAAGCUGAUGAUCACUGUCCCUUGGCCAAAUGCCCUACUGCUCCCGGGAUUCAAGUUGAUGACUGCCCUCUCAUUCAUUGAGAUCUGUCCAUACUUACUGCAGUCUCCAGUUUGUGCUGCAUCUUCUGGCUUUGAUUGAUUCUGUCUGUAAAUUAGUUGCCAAGCAACAACAACUUGUCAUAUUUUCUUAAAGUUGCCAAAGAAAAUCAAGGUUUCUUU